AUGAAAUUCAUCAGCACAGAAUGCUGUCAACGUGAUCAGUUAUUUAAACAAAUUCUACCAGAACUCAGGAGGUUAUUCAAUGAAAUUAAUCAAUUCUUUGAAAUUGGUAAAUCAAUUUCUCAGCAAAUUGUAUCAUCUAAAGUGGAUAAAAUGCUGGCUUUACCAUCGAGUGAAAAUGUUGACGUUCAUCAGGAGAACAACAACAACAACGAUGGAGAUAAUAAUGAUGACGUUUGUAAAUGUCAAAAUUGA